AUGAGCGAGCUCACGGCCGGGAACGCCGAGGUCGAGCACUACUAUGGCAUGAGCAACGAAUACCAGCUCUCGGUCUUUUUCUCGAUCUUCCUCAUGCUGCUCAUGGCCUCGAUCGUCGUGAGCAACUACGUCGGCCACCAUUUGCACUGGCAUUUUCUGCCCGAAGCCGGCGCUACGAUCCUCGUUGGCGUCGCCGGCGGCGUCCUCUGCUACGUCUACAAAAACUCAAUUACGCACUCGCUCAUGAUCUUUGACCCGAACACGUUCUUCAUUGCGCUCCUGCCGCCCAUCAUCUUCAACUCGGGAUAUAUUAUGAAGCGCCGGUACUUUUUCGAUAAUAUUGUGCCCAUCGUCGCGUACGCUGUCGCGGGCACGACGAUCUCGAGCAUGACGGUCGGCUGUAUCAUGUACGGCAUGGGCCAAGCGGGCGUGAGCCUCAAGCUCUCGCUUGCUGAAGCUCUCUCGUUUGGCGCGCUCAUUAGCGCUACGGACACGGUGUCGGUCUUGGCCAUUUUUCAGGAACUCCGCGUUGACCCGUCGCUCUUCUACUUGGUGUUUGGCGAGAGUUCGCUCAACGACGCGGUCGCGAUCGUGCUUUUCGGGACCUUUUCCAAGUUUAUCGGUAACGUGUACGAGUCGAGCUACCUCCCGAUCGCCGUGCUCGACUUUGUUCUAAUCUUUGCCGGCUCGACGCUCAUUGGCAUCCUCUUUGGCGUCCUCUCGGCACUGCUCUUCAAGCACUUUGACUUCAAAGGCUGCUUGUACCACGAGAUGGGCGUGUACAUCAUGUUUUCGUACCUUCCGUUUCUCGCUGCGUGCAUCUGCGACUUGUCGGGCGUCGUCGCGAUCCUCUUCACGGGCAUCACCAUGAAGCACUACACGAGCAACAACUUGAGCGACGAAGGCAAGAAGGUCUGCGGCCACAUGUUUAACGCGAUUUCGUACGUGGCCGAGACGACCGUCUUUUUGAAUUUGGGCCUCGCGGUCUUUGCGCUGCAAGUCGGCUACCACCUCAAGUUUAUCAUUUGGAGUCUUAUUGCGUGUCUUAUUGGCCGCGCAAUGUUUGUGUUUCCGCUCUCGUAUCUCAUCAACCAGCGCCGCCCCGUCGAGCGCCGUGUGCCGCAGAACCAGCAAGUCAUGAUUUGGUUCAGCGGCUUUCGGGGCGCGCUCUGCUUUGCGCUCGCACUCGACUGGCCCAACGAAAAGCGCAGUGAAAUCAUUGCCACCACCAUGGUCGUGGUGCUGGCGACGCUCUUCAUCGGCGGCGGGUCCACGGUCCCUAUGCUGCGCUAUCUCAAGAUCAAGCAGCUCACGCCCGCCGAAGAGGUCGAGAUGGACCAAAUGGUGCAGCCCGUGGCGCGCAUGCCGAUUCUGCAGUUUGACGCCAAGUACUGGGUCCCCUUCUUGACGCACCUGCACCCAGACACGUCCGACUUUGAUGACGCGACGGCCGAUGCGGACGAAGACACGUCCGAGCAGAUGCUGCGCCCGGGUUACGGCGACGACGACGAAGGCGAGUUCUCGACCAUCAAUGUCAACUCGUCGUCCUAG